UUGCUGAACUGACACUUAGAUUUUGUCUUGUUCAUACAACUGCUUGAUUUUAUAUCAUUUUUUAAAGAAUUUAAGUAAAAAUCUAGCAUUUAAACGAAAGAUAUAGGUACUGCUACUGUACGAAAACUGCUAGCAUGCCAGUAUAAAUGUGAUAUUUUCCAAACUACACAUUUCUAAACUUAAGGGUUAGACACAUUGGUAUCAUUUGUAUGUAAAAAUAAACAGUUCUUGAAUUAAUUUAUAAGUUAAGCAGUGUGUGUCAAUUGUGAUUGGAAGAUUGUUUGUUGAUUUGUUUUCCCAUGUAUGCCUACCCAUCCAUUUUAAGUAACACCAGGGUGUCAUAACCAGAAACUGCAAUGGUACUGAUUGUCAGGAAGUUGUAAGAAAGUCUGAAUUUGAACCCAUGAUCUCUAGGUAAAAUGGGGGCAGAAAGCAGUAUUUUAGAAGACUGUCAGUGGGAAGAUGGAACGACAGAUGGUGUCUGGACGUUGACCCAUGGGAAACUUUCUGAUGACUCUGAGAUUAGUCAGUUUUCACUGAAGAAGCAAGACAAAAAUCUUCAAGAUAUUCUCAGAAAGUAUAUCAAGAAUCUCAAAAUUAUACGCCAUCCUUCGGUCUUGACUUACGUAUGUUCCCAAGAAGGAGCAAAUGGACCAGAACUUAUUACAGAAAAAGCUAUACCUUUAGAGACAGUAUUACCAAACCUGUCAUCAUCUGAAAUUUGUGCUGGACUACACACAAUACUUGAAGCUCUACAGUUUCUACAUGAAAAGGUUGGUGCUAGCCAUAAUAACCUCCAUCUAGGUGCUAUAUAUGUAACGGUAGAUGGAAGCUGGAGACUUGGUGCGUUACAACAUCUGUGUAAAUUUUCAGAAGCAACACCAGCAUUUCUUGAAGGUAACAAAGCCUACAGGGAUGAGUGUACUGUAACACCCGAGGAAAAGGAAGGGAAAGUGUGUACUGAAUCCACAGUUGGCCAUGCCAGGGAUGUGUAUACCUUUGCUGUUAUGACAGAAUCUCUACUUGAAGGCAUGCAUGAUUUAGGGGAUUUAACGAAGAGUUUUGAGCAAAGAAUACAAGAGGAAUGUCUGCAUAAAAACCCUAAACACAGACCUUCUGUAUCCUCGUUACUUACUGAUAGGAUUUUUAACACAACUUUUUUGGAGAUUUCCCUGUUUUUGAAGAACAUAACGCUGAAAAGUGAGGCAGAAAGGAAAUCAUUUUUCAAAAAUCUGUUGCAAAUGUUACACAGUCUACCGAAAGAAUUGGUAGCACGUAGACUGGUACCGGGGCUACUUUCUAGAUUUGUGUUCAUGGACCAGACUGCUGUGAAAUAUGUUUUACCCAGUCUACUCACCCCUCAGAGAGGUGGUAAUACACAGCAUGGGGCAAUUCAACCGUUGUUGUCGGACGAUCUCUUUAAGCAGUAUGUUGUGCCAAAAUUGGUGAAGAUUUUAGCUGUUCAUGAUUGUCAUAUCCACAUACUUCUACUACAGUAUUUCCCGAAGUUUGUUCAUCUGAUAGACAUGGAAGACCUCGAGUUUGAAGUCUUUCCUCAGAUACUACUUGGAUUGAGAGAUAGCAGCGAGCAAAUAGCAGCACUUAGUUUACACGCCCUCGCAGAAAUGGUUCCUAUUCUAGGCCGAGAGAUUGUCAUAGGUGGGAAAUCAAAGACAUUUUUCAAAGAAAGGCAACCUAAGGGGCAUGGCAACUUUUUAAACUCUCCGUUAAACAAUCAGCAGUUAAAUAGUGGGAAAAUGAAACUGAUUGACUUGGUGAAACACAGUCCCACAAAGGUCAAUAAAGAGGAUUCAGCAGAAAAGAGGAAAGAAAAAGAAUUAAAGAGGGAAGAGUGGAGAAGGAAAAGGGAAGAAAAGAAAGCAUUAAAGGAGAAGAGAAAAGAAACAUGUAUAGACGUCAAUGAAAGUGCUGUACCAGUUUUGAUGUCUGAGAAGGUAUCUGAAAUAGUUGAUAAUUUACAAUCUGAAGACACGCUACCUACCACUGAAGAUGAGACAGAUUUUACUACUAUACCAGAUACCCAUGUUAAACAUUCCAUAAACAAUGAUUUCUCAAAGACAAAUAGUGUAGAGGAUGUGACUGGUGAUUGGUCAGACUGGAGUGAUGAGGCGGGCCAUUCUGAUAAUAGUGAAGCAAUAGGGGAGGAGCUAUCAAUAGAGGAGGGGCUUACUAAAGAGGAGGGGUUAAAAACCACCAGUACCUCCUCCCCAUCAUCCAAUCAGGACCAUUCAAUUCCUCGAUCUACAGGACAUGCAAUGAAAAUAGGGACAAAGAAACAUAAGGAAACAAAUAGUGUAAAUGAUAAAAAGUUGAAUGAUAUAGAGUUAUCAGAAGAAUUUAAGAACAUCAACUUGUCUUCUAAAAGAACUGUUCAUUCAAACAAUAAAAAGGAACUUGGUUCAGAAUUCGAUAUCAAGAAUCUCGAAGUGAAGGUAUCCAGUGAGAAAAGUGACCCAUUCGAUUUUUUCUCGGACAUGUCUCCAAAAAUAGAAAUUAAAAAGACAAAAUUACUUGAAGAAUUGACAAGUGAUAAAUUAGAAAGCAGUUUCCAGUCAAAAGAAGUGCACAAUAAGUUCAGUCUAGAUGUACAGGAUGCCAAUGCUGGUGAUAGUGAUGAUGGUGGUGGCUGGGGAGAUGAUGAUGAUUGGUAACCUGGGAUGUGCAAUUCUCUUCAACGAUAAAUUAUAUCUUAGAUUUCUAGAUAACUUAUAACUUUAUCUGAAAAAAAAAAAUAUUUGAAACAUAUUUUUAAUUAUAGUUACAACAGUUACCGUAUUUGUCGUUGAAAGGAGGCAAACUUUGUAAACUUGUAAUUUUGAUAUAAUCGAACAAUAUUCAAUAUUGACUGAUUCAAUGGGGUUCAUUAUCAUUAAACAUGCAUGGGUCAAAAAACCAUACCACACAAGGGGUGUUUAGAAGGACAUAUAUGGUAUUUGUUUAUUUCUAGAUUGUCUAAUAUUAUAAUAAAAGCUACAGCUUCGGAACAAUAGUGAAGAUGUAUGGUUACCAGUGUUAGAAGUAAAAAAAUAUGAUCUACUAAAAUGAUGUUAGAAUUUAUUUUACAUGACUGUUAAGGGUACCUCUUGCUCCAAGUGCAAUGAAUAUUCUGUAAAAUGUAUAUAUAUCCUAAUAUAAAUUAAUAUCUCUUUAGAUUUGAUGGACAAGAUUGGGUUAUUUGAUAUUUAUUCUCCACAAAGCCUUUCAGUGACAAGUUUGGGUUAUUUUUUACUUAUUUCCAGCAAAGUUUUUCAAGGGCAAUUUUGUUUAUAUGAUAUUUAUUCUCCACAAAAGCCUUCAAUUUCAAGUUUGGUUUUUUUUAAUCAUUUCCAGAAAGGCCUUUCAAGGACAAGUUAGGGUUAGAGCUCUACUUGAUAUUUAUUCUCCACCAAGACCUGUCAAAUCUGUAUGUCCUUUUCUAGUCAAAAUAAUAUUUAAGAAUACUUAAUUAUAAAUUUGUUUAAAAGAGUCUUUUUUAAAUGUUUUAUAUACAUGCACAACAAAUAACAAAUGUUCCAUGAAUCCAUCUUUGUGAAAACAAGUGAUAAACAUUUGUCGCCAGUAUAGAGCCAGGCCAGCCAGUCUGCACAUUUACACUUGAUACUGCAUUAAUUUCAAUUGCUUGAAAUUAAUCAAUUAACAUUUUUACCCCCGCUACAAAUCUUAUAUGGACUUGGCCAUCUUACAAUCUGGACAAGACUAUUCAAGCCUUUUUAGUCCCCUACCGGUUUACCGGAGGGGACUUUAGGUUUACCCUCCGUCCGUCUGUCCGUCCGUCUGUCUGUCAGUCCGUCCACAAAAGUGGAUCCCGCGAUAACUUACUGAAAAUAUUUUUAUGAAACUUGGUAUAUGGAUAGAUGGCAGUAUGGAGAUUAUGCACGUCUUUUUCUUUUCUUCCUAUGUUGAAAAUUCUGGUUGCUAUGGCAACAAAUAGGCUAAAAAAUAUGGCAAAUUUUACACAUAAACUGGAUCCAGUGAUAAAGCAAAAAGUACUGGAAAUAUUUUUAUGAAACUUGACAUAUGGGUAGAUGGCAGUCUUGGAAUUAUGCACGUCUUUUUCUUUUCUUCUUAUGUUGAAAAUUCUGGUUGCUAUGACAACAAAUAGGCUGAAAAUAUGGCAAAUUUUACACAUAAACUGGAUCCAGUGAUAAAGCAAAAAGUACUGGAAAUAUUUUUAUGAAACUUGACAUGGGUAGAUGGCAGUCUUGAGAUUAUGCACGUCUUUUUCUUUUCUUCCUAUGUUGAAAAUUCUGGUUGCUAUGGCAACACAUAGACUGAAAAUAUGGCAAAUUUACACAUAAACUGAAUCCAGUGAUAACUCAAAAAGUACUGGAAAUAUUUUUAUGAAACUUGACAUAUGGGUAGAUAGCAGUGUUGAGAUUAUGCAUGUCUUAUCUGUUCUUCCUAUUUUGAAAAAAUAUCGGUUGCCUUGGCAACAAAUAGGCUUAAAACAUGGCAAAUAUAACAAUAUUUGUGAUUAGUCAAAAAGAGCUGAAAAUUUUUAUGAAAUUGCAUCUUUUAUUCAAGAGUUAUCUCCUCUUUAAGAAUUCUGCUUUUAAAAUGUUAUAUUUUGGUAACAGGGAUGUUUCAAAUAUUAACUUUAGAGUGUCCUUCAGUCCGUCUGUCUGUCUGUUCAUAAAAACUGUUUCCUGUGAUCACUUUUAAAGAACUUUUCCAACAAGUUUACUUAAAAUAGAGAAAAAUUGAAACAUAAGUGAAUGGCCAAUGGCCCUUCAGAAUGUUGAUGGGUUCUAACCGGUAGGGGACUUAUGGAUUGCUUGCAAUACUAUGAUAAUUGCUUGUUCCCCUAUCCCACGGGUCCAAAAAGGGUCCCAUUCCCCAUCAUAAUUAUGUUUUUUUUCCCAAUCCAAAAAAAUGUUCCCAAUCUAGAAGUCAAUUAUUUGAAAGAAGAAGCACUGCAUUUUCAAUUUUGGUGUCACUAAAUAGUGUUACUGAAUAUAUUCAUGUUUUGUGAAUAAAAACAGGAUUUUUAUACCCCCGCACAACGAAGUUGUAAGGGGGGUAUACUGGAAUAAGCUUGUCCGUCCAGCCGUCGCCCCGUCUGGCCGUGCGGCCGUCCGUCGGUUUUUCCUUGUCAGCCCAAUAACUUAAGAUUCCUUUGACCCACAGUCUUCAUAUUUGGUAUUAAGAUUGGUCAUUAAUAGUAGAUGAUCCCUUUUGAUCUUGAGGUUGCUGGGUCAAAGGUCAAGGUCACAGGGGCCUUGACUUCUAAAAGUUUGUCCGCCCAAUAACUAAAGGUUCCAUUGACCCACAGUCUUCAUAUUUGGUAUUAAGAUUGGUCAUUAAUAGUAGAUGAUCCCUUUUGAUUUUGAGGUUGCUGGGUCAAAGGUUAAGGUCACAGGGGCCUUGACUUCAAAAAGCUUGUCCGCCCAAUAACUUAAAAUUCCUUUGACCUACAGUCUUCAUAUUUGGUAUUAAGAUUGGUCAUGAAAAGUAGAUGAUCCCUAUAGAUUUUGAGGUCACUGGGUCAAAGGUCAAGGUCACAGGGGCCUUGACUUCAAAAAGCUUGUCUGCCCAAUAACUUAAGAUUCCUGUGACCCACAGUCUUCAUAUUUGGCAUGGAGGUUAGUCAUGAUUAGUAGAUGACCCCUAUUGAUUUUGAGGUCACCAGGUCAAAGUCACAGGGGCCUUGACUUCAAAAAGCUUGUCCGCCCAAUAACUUAAGAUUCCUUUGACCCACAGUCUUCAUAUUUGGCAUGGAGGUUAGUCAUGAUUAGUAGAUGACCCCUAUUAACUUUGAGGUCACCAGGUCAAAGGUCAAGGUCACAGGGGCCUUGACUUCAAAAAGCUUGUCCGCCCAAUUACUUUAGAUUCCUUUGGCCCACAGUCUUCAUGUUUGGCAUGGAGGUUAGUCAUAAUUAGUAGAUGACCCCUAUUGACUUUGAGGUCACCUGGUCAAAGGUCAAGGUCACAGGGGCCUUGACUUCAAAAAGUUUGUCCGCCCAAUUACUUAAGAUUCCUUUGACCCACAGUCUUCAUGUUUGGCAUGGAGGUUAGUCAUGAUUAGUGGAUGACCCCUAUUGACUUUGAGGUCACCAGGUCAAAGGUCAAGGUCACGGGGGCCUUGACUUCAAAAAGCUUGUCCGCCCAAUUACUUAAGAUUCCUUUGACCCACAGUCUUCAUGUUUGGCAUGGAGGUUAGUCAUGAUUAGUAGAUGACCCCUAUUGACUUUGAGGUCACCAGGUCACUUUGACUUCAAUAAGUUUGUCUGCCCAAUAACUUUAGAUUCCUUUGACCCACAGUCUUCAUAUUUGGCAUGGAGGUUAGUCAUGAUUAAUAGGUGACCCCUUUUGAUUUUUAGGUCACUUGGUCAAAGGUCAAGGUCACAGGGGCCUUGACUAAGAAAGAUUGUCCACCCAUUUUCUUAAGAUUCCUUUGACCCAUAGUCUUCGUAUUUGGCAUGGAUGUUGAUCAUGACCAUAAGGUGACCCCUAUUGAUUUUGAGGUCACUGGGUAAAAGGUCAAGGUCACAGGGACCUUGACAAAAAAAUCUUUUCCCCUCAAUUGCUUAAGAAUGCCUGUCCGCAGUGUAUUGUUUUUGACAUUUUCACAUUUGAAGCAGGUAGAAUGCAUAACUUAGCAAUGCACUGGCUUAGUAACCUCAGAUUUGGCAGGGAGGUUGUCCUUGACCUCUAAAUGGCCACUGUUGAUUCUGUUAAAGUGGUAUGCGGGGGUAUUCACGCCAUGACAGUGACAGUUCUAGUUAAUUGAUAACAGUUUUACAUUUGUACACACUUUAGCCUGUCCUCGUACAUUGUGUAUUUUUGAUAUUACAGAAAAAGCUGAACAGUUUAAGUAAGAUUUAUUUAGAUUUAUUUUAACAAUUGUAACACCUUCAGUGCUAGCAUAUUUUCCCAAAUUGGCAAAUUUCACGAUAACCCUUUUCCCAAAUUGGAAAAUUUUACGACACAAAUUCCGCAAUUUUACCAUGUGGCGUGUUCCCAAAAUAGAGGAAAAAAGGCCUGCUAUUCUAUAUUUUCAUUGGGAAAUUUCAAAAUAUGUACUGACUUGAAUGGCAAACAGUUUUAGAUUUAGGAUGAUCAGACAGGACAGAUGUGCCAGCUGAUCUUGGUCUGCUUUUGUUGCAUUAAGGUAGAAUAAGUUGCCAUAUGUAGGUUGGAGAUAAAAAUAGUAUUGAACUGUUGCAAAUCCAUAAAAAAAGGCAUUACAUGAAAUCAAAGUAAAGUAUAGGUAAAAUGUUAUGUGGAACUUGUAACCUACAGUACCCACAUUUAGAGAUGUCCGUGUUACAGUGCUAUUACUGUUGAUACUUAAAGUGCCAUUGGAUUAAUCUCAUCCAAUUCAUUUAUUGAUCUACACAAUCUACACAUCACAUCUGUCUUUGAAAAUUCUCCCCUCCCCUCCCCCCACUCCCACAUUCAUAAUUCUCUCCCCCCCCCAUCAUAGUGCUCAGAGGGAUGGGGGGGAUACAGGACAAAAAUUAGGGGUUUGAUAGUAAUUAUACAUGUUAAAUUGAUAAUAUAAAGCAUUCAUUGUUAACAAUGUUUUUUUUUUAAAUCAAGUUACUAAAUCAUAUGAACUGAUUUUUGUACAUGUAUGUUCAAUUUUUUUUCUCAAAUUUUAGAAAUAUUUACGCUCUGGUGACCAUGAUUCAAAGCCUAUAUUAUAUUUUUGCAGUGAAAAUAUUAUGUUUGUAUUGUACUAUAUUUUUUACUUGUUUAGACUUGUUUGAAAAAAAAAAUCCAAAAUAUAAAAAUUUAUUUGAUCCUUAA